CACAUUACACAUUACAUUAUGCCUUUGGUCUCUGUUUACAUUACAUUAUUUUCUAAAUUUAAUUGACACAUUAAAUUACAUUACAUUAAUUAUUUUUUAAAUUCACACAUUACAUUACAUUAUUUUCCAUUACAUUACAUUACACUCACUGAGUGUAAUUUUCCAUUACAUUAUUUUCUAUUACAUUUUAUUAAUUAAUUUCCCAUCAAUUAAUACACUGUCUAUGUGCUAAUGUGUAAUUUUCCAUUACAUUACACAAUUAAUCACACUUACAUUACACUGAAAUUAUUUUCCAUUUAUUAAAUUUGUUGUGUAGAAAAUGACAUCAUCGGAAAGUAAUAGAAAAGAUCCAGCGUGGCAAUAUGCCCAUUUGGUAGAGGAGAAUAAUUUAAACAAGUUCGAAUGUAAUUUUUGUGGUAAAGUAUCAAAUGGAGGUGUUUAUCGGGUGAAACAACACCUUGCGGGAGGUUAUAGGAAUGUCACUACUUGCCCGAAGCGCCCUUCUCAUGUAAGAGAAGAGAUUAAAGAGUUCAUGUAAAAAAAAAAGACACAAAAAGAAGAAAUGAACAUGUUGCCUGAUUUUGAUGACAUGGACAUGGAAGAUGAAGAUGAAGAUGUCGUUGAGAUCAAUGUCAAUGAACACCGCAAGUUGACAAGUAGUAGCCAAGGUUCAUCCAAAUCCAAAUCCAAAUCAAAAAUGCCAAAGAGAAAAGGGCCUAUGGAUGUUUACUUCACACCCAAUCCUGAAUCAGUGGUGAAAAAUCGAAGAGACCAAGCAAAAGGAAAACAAACCAAAAUUGAUGCAAAUGACCCUUACAAAAAAGAAAUGAGAGCUCGGGCACUACAAAGAUUUGCAAGGUGGAUGUAUGAUGCUGGUAUCCCUUUUAAUGCAGUAAAUUAUGAGAGUUUUGGACCAAUGAUUGAAGCCAUUGACCAAUAUGGUCCUGGUAUGAAGCCACCGACUUACCAUAAAGUGCGGGUUACCCAACUCAAAAAAGAAGUGAAACAUACUGAAGAUUUGAUAAAGUAUCAUAAAGAGGAUUGUGCAAAAUACACGUGUUCCAUAAUGGCUGAUGGUUGGACUGAUAAGAGAGGAAGGACAUUGACUAACUUUUUAGUUAAUAGUCCAAGAGGAACCAUGUUUGUUGAGUCGGUUGAUGCUUCUAGCUAUUCAAAGGAUGGGCAAAAGCUAUUUGAAUUACUAGACAAGUUUGUGGAGAAAGUUGGAAAAGAGAAUGUGGUGCAAGUUAUCACUGAUAGUGCUGCAGCUAAUGUGUUGGCAGGGAGGUUUUUGGAAGCUAAGUAUGAACACUUGUAUUGGACACCAUGUGCUGCUCAUUGUUUGGACUUGAUGUUAGAAGACAUUUUCAAGAUACCGAGACUAAAAAAGACAUUUGAAAAAGGUAUUGCAAUACAUGACUACAUUUACAAUCGGCCUACGUUGCUAAACAUGAUGAGGCGCUAUACAAAUUUGAAGAAUUUGAUCAAGCCUGCAAAAACUAGAUUUGCAACCGCCUUUUUGACUUUGUCUAGAAUGCAUCAACAAAAAAACAAUUUGAGAAAGAUGGUGACCUCCGAAGACUGGACCUCAAACAAAUGGACAAAGAAGCCACAAGGUAAAAGAAUGGCACAAACUUUGUUGAUGCCUUCAUUUUGGAAUACUGCUAUGUUUGCCCUUAAGGUCUCGGGUCCUCUUGUCAAAGUGCUUAGAUUGGUUGAUACCGAGAAGAAACCUCCCAUGGGAUACAUUUAUGAGGCAAUGGAUAAGGGAAAAGAAUGCAUUGCAAGUUUAUUUGAUCAUAAAGAAGAGAAAUAUAAUGAAAUCUUCGAAAUCAUCGACAAAAGAUGA